AACAUUUUGUUUGGUAAACUCGAAGCCGAGAAAUAAUUUAUUAUGACAGUACAGAAACUAAACUCGAGUAUUUCUGACGACUCAGAUGAUAUGGUUAGUUUACCAUCCGAUGAAGAGAUUUAUAGGAGAAAAUAUCAAUUGUUGCUUGAACGAUGUGAAGUGUUGCAACAGGAUAAUGAACGAAUAGUCAAUAGACUUCAUGAAGUUAAGAAAAUAUCAAAGCGGUACAAAAAGGAUAUAAAGUUGCUAGUAGAACGUUUAGAUAAACAUGGCGAUUCAUUUAGAACAGCACUUGUGGAAAGUGAUAUUAAACCCACACACAUUCAUUCUACUGUUAAAUCUAGCAAACCUCAAUCACAAGGUGGACGACAAAUAGAAAAACCAAGUGGUAUGGGUGGUAAAAAACCAGCACAAAAGAGGAAAAGUAAAGGAGAUAAGCCAGAAAGAGAUCCUAAUGCUCCAAAAAAACCCUGCAAUGCAUUUUUUCAAUUUUGUCAAGAGCAAAGACCGGUAGUUUUAGCCGAAACUACAAAUGAAAUGGGCUCAGAACCUUCAAAACAAGAAGUAACAAGGCAAUUGGCUUCAAGAUGGAGAGCACUGUCAAAUGACGAGAAACGAAUAUAUGUUGCAAUGUUUGAACGAUCAAAAGAAAAAUAUGCAGAGGAAAUGUCAGCAUAUAUAAAAAAGGAGCAAUGAAUUAUUUGUUUUCAUUAUUAGUCUUGUGGUCCUCAGUUUUUAUUUAUUUUAACAGCUUCUAAACCUUUUUGGUAGGUGAAAAAACCUUAAGGUUGAAAAAUAAAAUUGAACAAUUUGGUAAAAGGACCAUUGUUUGGUUUCAGAAGAAAUAAAAAGAACUGUAAAAAAAUAUUUUAAUUUACAAACCAACAUUUUCGCUAAAAUGGAAUAUUAUUAAUUGAAACCUAAAUCUAAUUCAGACUUUAAAAUUGUCCUUUUCAAGACGAAUUGUCCUCAUGGUUUCAAUAGGAUCCGAUCUCUUGGCAUGCUCCAUUACUGAUUCUUCAGUUACUCUCAUAAAGGGAUUAUAUUGUUUCUCUUCAAGAAUUGUUGAUGGAACCUGUAAAUAUUGAAAUAUUGUAACAACUUAUUUAGUUAUAAGUAGUAAACAUAUUCACCAAUUCUAACUUGAUUUAGUAUAUUUUAUUCUAAACUAUUCUAAUAUUUAAACUUAUAAUAAAUAUUAUAGCUGUACUUAAAAUACUUGGGCAAUUAUUAUGAUAUUAGAUGUUCCAUAGGCAAAGGUUGUAUAAAUAUUUUUAAGGUAGUAGUUGGUAUAAGUAUUGAAAUGGGAGAGCUUAUGCAUAUCCCUAUUGCAUACAGUGCCAAAACUGCAGUAAAUAUAACAAUAUAAAAUGACAUACAGUAGGCUUGCCAUCCUGUCUUUGCUGGUGAGACCAUUCUAUUUUAUUCUUAAUAUGUUCAUUUUUUGGUUCCACAUAUGCUGCAAAUUUCAGAUUUUGCAGAGUGUAUUCAUGGCCACAAAAUACUUUAGUUUGUUCUGGAAGAUUCCCAAGAAUAUCAAUUAAAGCUUUGUGCAUUUGUUCAG